AUGCCGCCACCACCACCACCUCCAUUAGCUGCACCUUCUAAUAAAACUGUUCCUAAAGUAGACAGAGGUGCCUUGUUAAGUGAUAUACAUAAAGGAAUUAAGUUAAAAAAAGCAGUUACAAAUGAUCGAUCAAAUCCACUUAUAGCUGGAAAAGUUGGUAAUAAUAGUACUACAAAUACUACUACUAAUACUAAUAAUGGCGGUAAUAAUGUAAAUAAAUCCAAUGAAAGUAAUCUUUCAAGUAGUAAUAUUCAAAGACCUAUUGUUCCUUCUGGUAAAGGUUCUAAUCCAACUGAACAAUUAAAUUCAAUGUUUGCUGGUGGUUUUCCAAAAAAACCAUCUGAAAUGAAAAACAUGUUAAAUAAACCGGUAUCGUCACCACCAGUCAAUCAAGCAUUAUUACCUGAAGUUAAAAAAUCUAAUUUACCAGCUCCACCUCUUCUAAAACCUAAACCAGGUGGAUUCUCUAAUACAGGUACAUUACAAAAAAAAAAUGGAUCCAAUGCUUCAUUAAUAAAAGAGGAUGGAAGUAGUAAUGCACUUAGGGCAAGGCCCGGUGGUCCACCACCACCACCGCCACCAAAGAAAUUCUCAGGACAAUUAUUUGGUACUUCUUCAGGAACUGUAACAACUUCUCAAGGAAUACCUCCACCUCCAGUUCCUCCUCCAACAUUUAAUAGGCCUCUUCCAACCACAUUGCCAAAUUCAAUACCACCACAAUUGCCAUCAAAGUCAACAAAUGACUCAGGGGCAGUUUCUCCAGUUAGACCUCCUCCACCUCCACCACAAAGAUUCCAAAGUAUGCCACAAGUUUCGACAAGUCAAUUAUCAUCAACUAGUGUAGAAAGUUCUAACGAACAUAUAGAAUUAAAUAAUAAUUCAAAAAUUGAAAAACUAAUAGAAGUAUUUUAUUCACGAUUUACUUUUACACCACUUUAUGAACUACCACCUCCACCUGAAUUUAAAAAUAUCCCCAAAGAAUAUACAACAUAUAAAAAAAAAAUUGUACCAAGUAAAAAUUAA